AUGCACUGGGCCGGGGGUGUCCCCCUCAGAGCGGAGUGGCUGGGGGUGAGGGCACGGCUGUCCCCCACACGCCGCAUCCCGCAGUGGCCCUACUGCCGCAAGCGCUGCUCCUACUGCAGCUUCAACACGUACGUGGUGCCGGCGGCGGACGAGGCGGCCGUGCGCGCCUGCCUGGUGCGGGAGGCGCAGACCCUGCUCCGCCUCAGCCAGAUGCGCAGCGUCACCUCCGUCUUCUUCGGCGGGGGCACCCCCAGCCUGGCCAGCCCCAGCACUGUGGCGGCGGUGUUGGAGGCUGUGGCGGGCGCUGCCCGCCUUCCUCCCGCGGCUGAGGUCACGCUGGAGGCCAACCCCAGCUCCACCAGCGCGUCUCACCUUGCCGGCUUCAGGGCGGCUGGGGUCAACCGCAUCUCCAUCGGCGUCCAGUCGCUGGAUGACGCCGAGCUGAGGAUGCUGGGCCGGGAGCACACGGCGGCGGAGGCACGGAAGGCUGUGGAAGCAGCGCGGGGGCUCUUUCCUGGCCGAACCUCCAUCGACCUCCUGUUUGGGCUGCCGGGACAGAGCCGGGACGCCUGGGCCCAGCGGCUGGAGGCGACCCUGGGGCUCUGUGACGACCACAUCUCCCUGUACCAGCUGACGCUGGAGCGGGGCACGGCGCUGGCAGCGCAGGUCAGGAGUGGGGCGCUGCCUGCACCCCCCCAGGAUCUGCUGGCUGACAUGUACCAGACUGCCCGGAGUGUGCUGGUCGCCUCUGGCUUCCGUCAUUACGAGGUCUCCAAUUUUGCACGGAAGGGCGCCCUCAGCACCCACAACCUCUCAUACUGGCACGGUGACCAGUACAUCGGUGUGGGGCCAGGGGCACACGGGCGCUUCGUGCCACGGGCUGAGGGCGGCCACAGCCGAGAAGCCCGCGUGCAGACCCUGGAGCCUGUCGCCUGGAUGCGGGAGGUGCAGAGCCAGGGACACGGCACCAGGAGCCGGGCGGUGCUGAGCCCGCUGGAGCAGCUGGAGGAGCUGCUCUCCCUAGGACUGCGCACGGAUGAAGGCAUCACACACGAGCGCUGGGGGCACUUCUGCCCCCAGCUCAGCCUGCAGGCUGUGUUCGGGCAGCCGGGGGAGGCUCGGGCGCUGCAGCAGGAGGGCUGGCUUGUCCUGGACAGCGGUGGCCUGCGGUGCACCUGGGCCGGCCUGGCCGUGCUGGACUCGCUGCUGCCCGACCUGCUCUUGCAGCUGCGGCGGGUGCUGGGCGCUGCCCGGCACCCACUGAGCGGGGGUCCAGCUGAGGAAUGAACUGUGAGCAGCCGUAACGGAUAAUAACAGAUAAUAAACUGAAACAGAGAUUUUGGGAGUGCACUUAAGUUAACAAAAUAAAUUAAGCAUUUAUAUUCUA